AUGGAGUCUAGGGGAAUGGUUGCUAUCAUAACAGGCGGUGUUUCUGGCAUUGGACUUGCCAUUACCCGACUUGUUGCCAGUGCGCCAGGUACACACGUAUACCUUCUCGACCUCAAUGUGACUACCGGAUCGAAAGCGAUAAACCAAUUAAGAACAGAGUUUCCUGAGUCAACCUUUUCUUUCCAGGAAUGCAAUGUUGCAUCUUGGGAAUGUCAGCUUGCUGCUUUCGAUCAGGCUUACGCAGAACAUGGCCGUAUUGACUUGGUCGUGGCGAAUGCGGGUAUUUCCGAACAAGAGUCUCUCGCCAAAGUCCAAGGAAUGGCGAUACAAAAGCCCAAUCUUAGCGUCAUCGAUGUCAAUAUUUCGGGGACGAUCUAUUCUGUCAAGCUUGGGAUCCACUACUUGGCCAAGAACAAGCCCACCAAACGCUCUGGAAUCGAUAGCCGGGGUAGCAUCAUCUGCACAGCAUCCUGCGCUGGUAUCUAUCCUUUUCCCACCGCGCCACUUUAUGCUGCGUCUAAGCACGCUGUUGUGGGCCUUGUACGCUCACUUGCACGCUCACUUGCAGAAGAGGAUCUACAAAUUCAAAUAAACGCUAUCGCACCUGGUCCUGUAAAGACUGGGCUUUCUCAGGACUCAACAUAUUAUGACAUGCUCGCGGUAACCCCUAUGGAAACUGUGCUAAAGGCCACUGCGACCUUUAUCAAUGAUGCAAGUCUGUCUGGUCAAAUAGCGGAAUUACACAAGGAAAGCAUCACCUACCAGGCUGCACCGCCGUUUCAGCACGACGAAACCAGACAGAACAUCGAAACCUAUUGGAAGCUUGGAAAUGUAUAA